AUGGCAAUCGGGGCAGGAAUGUCGUGCGUUAAAUAUCUCCUUUUUUGCUUCAAUCUUUUAUUUGCGAUCACGGGAUUUAUUAUCCUGAUAGUCGGAAUAUGGGUUGAAGCCAGCUCUCAUCCCUACAUCGACCUAACAGAUGAGAACUUCUACACAUCUGGACCAAUUGUGUUGAUUAUUGUUGGUGUGAUUGUGUUUGUAGUAGCCUUCUUUGGCUGCUGCGGAGCUGUCAAGGAGAAUCAGUGCAUGAUAGUGACGUUCUCCGUAUUCCUGCUGAUCAUCUUCAUAGCCGAGCUGGCGGUGGGCAUCGCCGGCUACGUGAAACACCAAGACCUGGAGACGUCUAUAGUGCGCCACUUGAACUCUACAAUAAAAGACUACCCCACCAACAAGGACGUGCAGGCAACAUUCGACAUUCUACAAACUGAUUUGCAAUGCUGCGGGAUCUACGGCCCCGGGGACUGGAAGAACAACUCUUUGCCGAUACCGGACACGUGCUGCGCUGGCCAGGAGAUAAUGGACGGUGCCCCCGCGCCCUGCACCCCUGAUUCGCCCGGAUUCCACACCCUGGGCUGCCUCGGCAAGCUGGUGCCGUUCUUCAACCACAUGGCCAUAUUGCUAGGCGGCGUAGGACUCGGCAUAGCUAUGGUGCAGCUUCUUGGUGUAAUGUUCGCUUGCUGCCUCGCCCGCUCUAUCCGCAGCCAGUAUGAGACGGUA